UCUUAUAUUGCAAUUUGCAAAACACAAAUACAAAUAAGAAAGAAUAAAAAAAAAAAAGUUUCACCAACAAACAAGAGGCUUUGGUGAAAGAGGAUGGAUCCUCUCCCGUUGAAAACACUUAUUGCCAUCAUGCUGCCCAUGAUCCAAUGGCUUUAUUAAUUUGAAAUAGUAUAAUAAAAUUUAAAAUGUUGUUUUCAAGAAAAAUGAGUGGUGGAAAUUAUGGCUGAACCAAAGCAUGAGAGAAAUGGCGGGAGAGGAUCCAGAUCCUUGGUGAAUGGUUCAUGGAAAUCUUUCAAACAAAAUCGUCCUCAUUAUAGUGUUCUGUUUUAUACUAUUAUAUUGGAGAAGGCACUUGCCGCAGAAGAUAUGUUCUCUUUUUUAAAAGACUCAUCUAAAAUACAACAUAGUCCAACAUUACAAGCUCAUGGUGAAAAAGUUUUUGGACUGGUGCGUGACUCAACUGUUCAACUUCGAACAAAAGGAGCGGUAGUUUUAGAAGAUAAUACAUUGGGUGCUAUUCAUAUUCAAAAGGGAGUUGUUGGUCCAUAUUUUGUGGUUAAAGAAGCGUUGCUGAAAACAAUAAAAGAAGUGGUAGGAGACAAAUGGAGCGAAGAACUCAAUACCGCUUGGAAAGUAGCUUAUGAUGAAUUGACAACAACAAUUAAAAAAGCAAUGAGUUAA